AUGGAGCCCCGCCAAACUCGCUCGCAGACCGCACAAGCGGCCCAGUUUUCACAGCCACCCAAACAAGCUGCUUAUGCGCAAGCUUCGAACCCCGUCGAACACACCCCCCAAGAACAGCGCACGUUGGGAACACAGUCGCAUCAAUACGGAGAGGCGGAGCCUUCGAUUACACGUGGGGCGAGUUCGAGACCGUCGAAUGACGAAGCACGAGCGCUUCUUGAGCAGCAGCAACGACAAGAUAAACGCGCGAUGCAGAACCAUGCCGUGGAUCUGGAGUAUGGCGUUGAACAACAGCCCUCGGAGGGGUAUAUUGCCGAUUCUGUGGAGCGGAAGGGGAUGGGACAGCGUCGUGCUCAAGCUGGGGCGCAUGCAGGUCCUGUUGGUAGUGCUGGUGGGCCUGGACAUCCCGGGUUCGGAGACCAGGUUGAUCUUGCGGCCGGGAUGGAUGAGAAGAGGGCUGAACAUGACCGGAUGCUGGACGAGAGGGCAGGAAAGGGUUCUGUGCCGAUGGAUCAUGAUGUUGCUGAGAGGGAGGCUGUUCGGCAGCGCAAGUUGCAGCAGAAUGAGAAUGUGGAUGCGAAGGAGGCUGUUAAACAGGCGACGGGGGAUCCAGUGGUUGGAAGUCACUAA